AUGUCUUGCCGUUCCUAUCGUAUCAGUUCAGGAUGUGGUAUCACAAGGAACUUCAGCUCCUGCUCAGCUGUGGCCCCCAAGACAGGCAACCGCUGCUGCAUCAGUGCCGCCCCAUACCGUGGGGUGUCCUGCUACAGGGGCAUUACUGGCUUUGGCAGCCGCAGCCUAUGUAAUGUGGGGUCCUGUGGCCCCCGAAUCUCCGUGGGAGGCUACCGGUCCAUAGGCUGCAGCCGGAGCUUUGGCUACCGCUCUGGGGGAGUGUGUGGACCCAGCCCCCCCUGCAUCACCACUGUAUCUGUCAACGAGAGCCUCCUGACCCCCCUCAACUUGGAGAUCGACCCCAAUGCCCAGUGUGUGAAGCAUGAGGAGAAGGAGCAGAUCAAGUGUCUCAACAGCAAGUUCGCCGCCUUCAUUGACAAGGUCCGGUUCCUGGAGCAGCAGAAUAAGCUGCUGGAGACCAAAUGGAACUUCUAUCAGAACCAGAGAUGCUGCCAGAGCAACAUGGAGCCCCUGUUCAAUGGCUACAUCGAGACCCUGAAGCGGGAGCUGGAGUGCGUGGAGGCCGACAGUGGGCGUCUGUCCUCUGAGCUCAAUCACAUGCAGGAGGUGCUGGAGGGCUACAAGAAGAAGUAUGAAGAGGAGGUAGCCCUCCGGGCCACAGCUGAAAAUGAAUUUGUGGUGCUGAAGAAGGAUGUGGACGGCGCCUACUUGCGGAAAUCUGACCUGGAGGCCAACGCAGAGGCCCUGACAGAGGAGAUCAACUUUUUGAAAGCCCUGUAUGAGGAGGAGAUCCGGGUCCUCCAAUCACAAAUCUCAGACACUUCAGUCAUUGUCAAGAUGGACAAUAGCCGUGACCUGAACAUGGACUGCAUAGUGGCUGAAAUCAAAGCUCAGUAUGAUGACAUUGCUAGCCGCAGCCGGGCCGAGGCCGAAUCCUGGUAUCGCACAAAGUGUGAGGAGAUGAAGGCCACAGUGAUCCGCCAUGGGGAGAGCCUUCGAAGGACCAAGGAGGAGAUGAAUGAGCUGAACCGCAUCAUUCAGAGGCUAACAGCCGAGAUUGAGAAUGCCAAGUGUCAGCGCUGUAAACUGGAGGCUGCAGUGGCAGAGGCUGAACAGCAGGGUGAGGCUGCCCUCAAUGAUGCCAAGUGCAAGUUGGCUGAGCUGGAGGGUGCCCUACAGAAGGCCAAACAGGACAUGGCGUGUCUGCUGAAGGAGUACCAGGAAGUCAUGAACUCCAAGUUGGGGCUGGACAUUGAGAUUGCCACCUACAAGAGGCUGUUGGAGGGCGAGGAGCACAGGUUGUGUGAAGGUGUGGGUUCUGUGAAUGUCUGUGUCAGCAGUUCCCGGGGUGGAGUGACCUGUGGGGGUCUCACCUGCAGCACCACCCCAGGACUCCAGAUUGCCUCAGGUCCUUCUGCCUCUGGGGGUAGCUACACAGUGAUAGCACCUGAUUCCUGUGCCCCCUGCCAGCCCCGAUCCUUGGGUUUCAGCUGUGGGAGCAGCCGGUCUGUCCGCUUUGCAUAGAGAGCUGGGAUCUCAUGCAAAAAAGCACAUUCCCACCCUCCCAACUUCCUGCCGCAGAACUGAAGAUGAAUGGAAUGUCUGUGUUGUUGCUUCCUUGAGGCUGCAUUCCUGAAUACUAACCCUUCUCCUCUCUCCUUCAAAUUACACGCCAUGAAAUCUCCCUUUCCAGGCUACCACCUGGCUCCCAUUUUAGGGAGCUAAUUUCCAGCCCUCCAUUUGACUUCCAUUUAAGGAUUCAUUUCUAACUCCCUUAACUCUCCAGUUAAAUCCCACACAUCAUAGUAUUAUCAUCUUUGUAUUACUCAUCUCACUUCUCCAAUCACCCUCUAGGAAACUACCAAUUAUACCAUAGUGACAGUGCAACCUGGGAAAUUUACCCAUGCGUCUGCAUAGAGGUUAUGUGAGGCUCAGAACAUGACUUCCUUAGACUAGAGAGCCAAUGGAAAUAGAAACACAAUCCCAAUACUUCUCCUCUCCCUGCCAGGAAACUAGGGAGUUAAUUGUCCAGGGUUGUCUCUUUCAGGAAGCAAUUGACUGUUUUUGUGUGGUUUUGUCUAUGAUUGUCUUCCUUCUUCUGGGUUAACCUGUUCUGGCUAACCUCUUGAUGUGGUUUUGCAGUUGAGAAGCUGGUUACAGCAUAGAAUUCCUUCUACCUGUACUCCCUUGGUAAGAGGGUUUCACAUAUAUCUUGCACCUUUAUACAUUUCAAAGAAAACUGGAUGGAAAUAGUGAUUGAUUCAGGUCUCCUCCCAUUGUGUACAAAAGGUGUUUUACUAAUGGAAUGAAAAAGGGUGGAGAAGAAGGUCAGGCCACUUCUUGUAUAUCCCUCUUUGUUGUAAAUGUCUGUGGGUGCCUUGCCUUCUGGUUGUCUCAUUCUGUAUUUCAAUAAACUGUUGCAACGUU